UUCUACUCUAGAUAGAUUUCUAUACAGUAUACGAUAAUACUCGGAUAAUAGCACUCAGCCUUCUGUAACUACUGCUAAACACAACACACCAAGAACCUGACAACAAGAGCUCCACAAUAAUCUGAUUUGGAGUUAAAAUGGGCAUACGUGGAUUUACAAAGAACAGCAAAAAAUCGUUUAAGGCUCAAAAGUCCUUCAAGUGGCAGAGGAUGUGCAAAGCUGAGAAGAAGAAAUCCUUGCCCAAAGAAAGCAUAGAGAUUGAAAAUAUUCAUUUGUUCAGUGAAGAAAAAUUAAAAAAUAAACUCAAAAAUCCAAAGAAUAAUAUCAAAAUCUCAGGAAAAAAACUUAGGAGGCUCACCAAACGCUUGAAUCACAGACUGAGAGAGAAAUCACAGAUGGAAACUGAAGUCCCAGAAACAAAAGCAAAGACAGUGACACUGCGAGAUGUUGACAUGGCUGACAGAGAAGAAGAGUUAAAUGAACCAGUUUCAUUCUCAGAGCCAGACACAGCUUCAACCUCAGUAACAGCAGCAAUGCCAGUGAAAUCUUCCAAGAAGAAAAAAAGAUCUGGGAAGAAGAACAAAACAAAACCAGUUGAAAGUAACCCUGGAAAGAAAGAACAAUUGUUUGAUACUGAAGAUGGAUGGGAAGAUGUAGAGAUGUCAGAGGGAUAAGAUAUUUGUGAGCAAAAUAAAUGAUCUAAAAACAAAA